AUGGGGGAACUGAAACUGGAAACUGGCAACUGGGCAAUGCGAGAUGUGAAGCUUUGUUGUUUGUGCUUCCGCAUUACGUCUGCUGCGGCACGCGUCAAGCAGCAGGUGUUGUGGCUGCCAGUUCACCUGCUUUUGGCUCUUACGAUCUUCUGCUCGCUCGGCGGCGGCUGCUCAGCUGUUGGCUAUUCCUAUGCCAGGUUCGAGGGUCCGGUAGCGGGGCCGGAGCGUCUGGUCACCGUGCACGAUGAGUAUGGCGGCGGCACGCACUCGGAUUAUGUGGCACGGCCCGAAUACAGCUUCGCCUAUGGCAUCGAAGAUGGCGAGGCGCGCGUGCUGCAGAAUCGCAAAGAGACGCGCAACGGCGACGAGGUGCGCGGCGUCUACAGCGUAGUCGAUCCUGAUGGCACACUGCGCGUGGUCAAGUACACAGCAGACGACACGAACGGCUUCCAGGCGGAGGUGAUCACCAAUGGCGUUGCCACACUGCAUGGCCAUGGCAGCGAGGCGGGCGGCGCGGCGCAUGUGGAGCAGCAAGUGGAACAUGAACAGGCCAACGAGGUGGACGAUGAGGCAGAUGAAGCAGGUGCUGAAGAGGAGGAGGAGGAAGAGGUUGAGGCGCCACAACAACAGCAUAAGAAACCUGCUCCCCCGCCAGUCGAAGGUCAGUAUAAGGUACAUGAGAAUCAGCGCGAUGAAGGCGAGGAAGGUGAUGAAGCUGAGGAGGAGGGCGACAAUGAAGGCGGCGGCGAUCACGAGGAAUACGAGGGCAGCAGCGAAGAGGGCUACGAGGAUGCUCACACACAAAGUCAGCAGCAGGAGGAGGACGAUAGCGAGGAGUACUAG